GCUAUGAGUUGGUGAGCUAUCGUUGAAUAUUUUCUCAUGGAUCAGUUUCUUGAAUCUGCAGUACGUCAAGCUGGCAGUGAAAAUAUUACGGAGAGGAUAACUAGUGCUUGGCAUUCUAAACGCCUCAGUUGUUCAGAAUCAGAAGCCUCUAACUCAACAGUUCUCCUAAGUAAGGCUGAGCUGGACAAGUUACUAGACGAAGCCAAUGAUGCCUUGGAACAUCCUGAAGAUGACGACGUAGCUGUGAUUGUUCUUCAUAAGGAGGAUGAGAAGCAAGGCCUAGGACUAACAUUAGCUGGUGGGGUUGAUCAGGAAGUGAAAGAAAUCACAGUGCACAAGCUGAUUCCAGGGGGGUUAGCACAUCGAGACGGACGCAUUCAAAGGGGUGAUAGACUGAUCUCAGUCAGUGGUAAAGUGUUGAAGAACGUCACUCAUGCACAGGCAUUGUCCUAUCUUAAGGUAAAUAAGAUAGACGUCGUCUUGGUUGUGUCUAGGCACAUUGAAAAGGAGGAUGAAGAUCUUCCAGCAGGCAGCACUGAAAUAACACUAACCAAGGGAGCAGCUGGCCUUGGGUUCAGUAUUGAGGGUGGGCGUGGGUCGCCCAAAGGUGAUCUACCAAUCACAGUCAAGAAGAUCUUCACAGGUGGGAUCUCAGAUCGCAGUGGACAGCUCCACGUUGGUGAUGAAAUCUUACAAGUUAACAGCUACAAGUUUGUUAAUUUGACACAUUAUGAAGCAUGGACAAAACUAAAAAGUAUCCCAUCUGGUAACGUUAAGAUGAUAAUUAGGAAAGCUGCCACUGUGAGCACUGACGAUUGAAUACCGGAGAUGCCUGAUUCAACUCCUUUUGUGGUCAUAAAGACACUACCUUGACAUAAGGAUGAUGGACGAUGAAGAAAUGCACUUUUGUCGGAAGAUUAGUGUACUAUCUAAUCAUUAUUUCAUCAUCAUCAUUAUUAUUAUUGGUGUUGAUUAUAAAUAUUAUUAUUAUUUAGGGCUUAAUUUAUAUUUUUAAUACAACCUUUUAAUUACAUAAAUGUCAUAACCUUUAAAACUUUUUAAAAUAGGACAUUUACAUGGAUUUGGUGCUAGAUUAUAUGGUAGAAACAUACAUUAAUUUUAAGAUAUCAAAUAUAACAUAAGUAUAUUUAGUCACUCCUAAGCAUUAAAACAACACUUGGUUAUUAGAGCACUUUAGUCCCAUAUAAUCAACUUGCUGAUGGUAUUAGAAAUCUUAAACCAGACCUGCGUUUUAUAGAGAAGUUUUGGAGAGGUCACAACUUGAAAGUUUCUGGUUGUGUGCUUUUCUUAGUUUUGCAGACACUAGUAUAAAGCUAUAAAAGAUUCAGAGAUAGCAAAACUGCAAUACGACCAAAUAAGUGUUAAAAGAAAUAUGUAUUACAGUAGGUGGGUAAUCUAUGUUUAUGGUUCAUUAUUAGAAUUUAAAUAUGUGAAUAAUUGUUAUAUAGUUUUCAUUUUAUUUUAAAGGUAAAUUGUAAUGUUAAUGUACAUAUGUAG